AUGGCGCAACCCCAGAGACCCCAGGUCCAGCCAUGUCGCUACAAGACCGGCAAGACUCUCGGCGCGGGCUCAUACUCGGUCGUUAAGGAAUGCGUGCACAUCGACACCGGUCGCUACUAUGCGGCAAAGGUGAUCAACAAGCGCUUGAUGGCGGGGCGCGAACACAUGGUUCGGAAUGAGAUCGCCGUGCUGAAGAAGGUGUCCAUGGGUCACCAGAAUAUCCUUACGCUGGUGGACUACUUUGAGACUAUGAAUAACUUAUAUCUGGUUACCGAUCUUGCCCUUGGCGGCGAGCUGUUUGAUCGCAUCUGUCGCAAGGGCAGCUACUACGAGUCCGACGCCGCAGACCUCAUUCGCGCCGUCCUCUCGGCCGUGGCUUAUCUUCAUGACCACGGGAUCGUUCACCGUGAUCUAAAGCCUGAGAACUUGCUGUUCCGCACCCCGGAGGACAAUGCGGACCUUUUGAUUGCCGACUUCGGGCUGUCCCGUAUCAUGGACGAGGAACAGUUCCACGUGUUGACCACCACAUGCGGUACGCCUGGAUACAUGGCCCCGGAGAUCUUCAAGAAGAGCGGCCACGGCAAGCCAGUCGAUAUCUGGGCAAUCGGCGUGAUCACCUACUUCCUCCUGUGCGGCUACACCCCCUUCGACCGGGACUCGAACCUGGAAGAAAUGCAAGCCAUCCUCGCAGCCGACUACUCCUUCACCCCCAUCGAGUACUGGCGCGGCGUCUCCCAAGAAGCCCGCAACUUCAUCAGCCGCUGCCUAACCAUCGACCCACAAAAGCGAAUGACCGCCCACGAAGCCCUGCAACACAGCUGGGUCAACCCGCCCCACGACCUGGCCCAGAUCGGCUCCGGCGAGGAUCUGCUGCCGACCGUCAAGAAGAACUUCAACGCCCGGCGUACCCUGCACCGCGCUAUCGAUACCGUGCGCGCUAUUAACAAGUUGCGCGAGGGUGGCGGGUUUAUGAUGGACGGGGUGAUGAGUAUUGAUCCCAAGCCGGAGCGCGUGAAUGGGCACGAGGUUGUUGAUGAGAGUCGUCAUGCUACGGCUACUGGGAAUAUUGGGGGCGGUAGUCCCAUGCAGAUUGAUAGUCGCGGAAAUGCUCGCGGGCAGACUGAGGAGCAGAUUCGGGAACAGGAGCGGAGAGUCAAGGAUAUGGUUGCUGGACUGUGGAGCCGUGGACAUGGGAAAUGA